AUGCGUGCACCAGCAUUCAAGGUGCGCCUCCAGGACACACCGGGCCUGAAGUUGGACCCAAAAGUCGUCGUUGAGUUGAAGCGUGAGCAUAAGCAUGACGAGCUGCGACGAUCAGCAGCGCCACACUUUAACCAUACUCCCACUGCGUACCACCUCUCCCUCGGGCCUCGGAUCGGCGCAGAACUGUUCCUCGCACAAGCGGAUACGUACCCGCCCCCCUUGAACCUGGUCCUCCGGUCCUCGGAGUCCAGUUGCUUCGCCCGAAGAAAAGACAUGAAAAAGUACGGGCCGCUAAGGCCAAACACAAGCCUCGAUAUACGUUACUCCGAUGCCCAGACGCCUCACGCCCCCAAAGUUGGUUCUGGAUACGCCAACUGA